GUAUCGUUAAAUUAAAUGGUUUAAAUACGAAUAUUUACGACUUACUUAAUGAAAUACUAAGAAUAACUAUUAUACAGUAGUCUAGUGCAGCUCAUUUUAUAAGCGGUAGAUCUAAUUCAUUCACAAUGUCUGAUUAUCCGGACCCGGACGAGGAGUACGAGCUCAUGUACGCCGAUGAGCUGGAAAUGCUUCGUGAUGAUGAAGAUAGUACAGACCACAAUAUAGUAAAGAAAAAUCCUUUACCAGCUAAAAGAAGUCUAGAUUUCUCAAGUCCAACCGUAAGAAAACAUCUGCCCACAUUUGGUAGUCAAAACUCAGUAACUGAAAACAUAGAUGGUAUAAACUCACUACCCUUAAGCCAGCCCACACAACCUACAGCAGUGGUUUCAAGUAAUAAACGGACGGUAGACGACUUAUUUGGAGACAUCGGGGAUAUUGAAGAUGAUAUUUUGUUACCAAGUAAAAAGCAAAAGACUGAGGAUGAAGAAGAUGAGGAGCUGAUUCAGAAGAUUCUAGAAGGCCGGCGACUGCGGCAGUUGCUUCUGGAGCCUUCUAAUAGGGUUCAGGGUGAUGCAAAGCCCAACUUUAAUGUGAAAGACAAUAUUUCGUUGGAUAUACCGAGGUGGGCCUUCAUGCCUGUAACCAACUCUGAUGGGGACAGGUUCUAUGUUAGGUUAGAGUCCGAAGACUCAUGGGAGCAGUCACUGGACAUGACGAAGGAGAGUGUAUCUCUGCACGCCAACUAUGCUAGCACAUGGGCUGAGGCUCGGAAACUUUUGGAAGAGAAACAAAAACAAAAAGAAGUCCAGCCUGAAGAACUACAAGUUGUAGAGAAAGAUGAAAAUGACAAUCUCAUGUGGGUGGACAAAUUCAAACCACAAUCCUAUGUAGAUCUGCUCUCGGAAGAGCCAGUCAACAGAGCACUGUUACACUGGCUGCAUUUGUGGGACAAGAUAGUAUUCAAAAAGGAAGUGAAGACGAAAGAGCCCCAGCAGAGGAUAACGUUCAGCAAGCGCGCGGGCGAGUUCCAGCUCACCAACAAGUGGAAAGGCAAGAAAGAGGCCGAGCCAGAGAUGGAUGAGGACGGCCGGCCGCAUCACAAGGUGGCGCUGCUGUGCGGACCACCUGGUGUGGGGAAAACCACGCUCGCGCAUUUGCUAGCUAAACUCGCGGGUUACAGGCCAGUAGAACUGAAUGCGUCAGACGAGCGAAGUACGGAAGCGUUUAGAACGGCGCUGCACAAUGCGACACUGAUGCGGUCUGUACUAGACCCCGACCGGAGACCCAACUGCCUUAUACUAGAUGAGAUAGACGGCGCUCCGUUGCCCACAGUCGAGCUGUUGGUGAAAUGGUGCACGGCGACUGCAGCGGCCGCCGGGAAGAAGAAGGCAAAGACGCAGCCUUUGCGGCGCCCUGUCAUAGCUAUAUGCAAUAAUUUGUACGCCACGUCACUGAGGCCGUUAAGGCCGGUGUCCCUGAUCCUGCAAGUGUCGACGGUGUCCCUGCCGCGGCUGUCGGCGCGCCUGAGCCUGGCGGCGGCGCGCGCGGGCUCGGGCGUGGCGCCGCGCGUGGCGGCCGCGGUGGCGGCCAGAGCGCAUCCCGACGUCAGAGCCGCUCUUCAUCUGCUCAGCUUUCUUGACAAGCUGAAAGGAGGCGCUCAGGUGACUGUAGCGGACGUAGAAAAAGCCUCAAUAGGAACCAAGGACUGCCACAAGAGCCUCAUGCAAGGCCUGCAGGCAAUAUUCACCGUCAACGAUAAAGACACGGAUAUACUGAAAACGGUACAAGCGGCUGGAGAAUAUGACAGGCUAGCAGAUGGAAUUUUCGAGAACUACCUCCAAGCUCGUGUGGACUCACGGCUUCUCAUAGCGUGUGAGACGCUCUCGUGGCUCCGAUUCUACGACACUAUAUACUCGUGGACUUUACGGACUCAGAACUACUCAUUGUAUGGGGCGCUACCGCUGUGUAUAGCUAGGUGUCACACAUUAUUGGCGUCUAGAACUCCGCAGAGAGUCAAGUUCCCGACGCAAGCCCAAGAGAUGUACCGCCGACAAACGGAACUGGAUGCGACAAUGUCGUCUGUCGCGCGAGGUUGCGCGGCCAGUGUCGCAUUAUCGCGCACAUCGCUGCGACUCAGCUUGAUACCACUACUGCCUUAUUUACUGUCGCCAGUGCUCCGUACUGCUAACGUACAGUUAUGCACUGAAAAUGAGCGGAAAGCCCUUCGUGCCUGCGCGGGUGCUAUGUGCGACUAUGGCCUACAAUAUGUCCAGCAAAGAACUCCAGAGGGCUUAUACGCGUUCGUUCUAGAACCGGACAUACACAAGAUAGCCUUCUUUGGCAACGAGGACAGAGCGCGGCCGCCGCCGCCAGUUCGGCAAGCAAUCGCCCGCGAACAGCAACUGGAGGUCAUUCGUAGAAACGAAGAAAUGGCUAAUAGAGUGAGCGGUGCACAGAAGAGCACAGAAGGAGCCAGUAAAGCAGCGCCAGCGAUGAAAGAACCAUUACCGAAGAAGGAUGUUCCAUUACCCAACCACCUGCAACGGUUAAAACCUAAGGAAGUCACCAAGGCUGCUCCGCAGGUACACAAGGAUUUCUUCGGGCGCAUAGUACCGCUGUCUCAGGUGCAAAGAUCAGAUACAGUUCCCGAUGUGAUAUCGUCGAGCAGCGUGUUUUAUCAGUACCGAGAAGGAUUCAACAACGCCGUGAGACGGAACGUACGCACCAAGGACUUGUUAUAGCAAAUGUAGUCAAAUCAUCCUUUAGCUAAAACCAUGUACCUAACAAUUUUUACAUUCUUCACCCCUUAUUCAUAAACGUAGGUACUCUAAAUUUAUCAAGCCGAUAAAGUUCGUUUGUCCCUUUCCUACGUAUUGGUGUGAUAGAAAAGGACAAACGAAUUUUAUCGGCUAUGAAUAAGGGGGUUAGUGUUUUUAUAAAUGGGCCUUGUGAAGAUACUUGCGCUAAUUGUAGUGAGUGUAGCGUCGUGAUAAAUGAACGGUUUGUAUUUAGUUAUUGCUUUUAAAAUCAUGAUCAUGAAACAUCAGUCUUUAUAUUUUGAUAGUUUGUUUUGUAGUUACAUUUUUGUUUUCAGUUACAACACUUUUGUAAGCUACUACUUUUUAAUCGUAAGUUUAAUAAUUUUUAUUAUAAGUGUUAUUUUAUAGGGCUAAUUUAAGAUUUGCUGAGGUUUUUUAGUUCUUACUUGUUCGGUAAGUAUAGGAACCUAACACAGUGGCCGGUCCGCUUUGGAUGUAUUUAUUAAUUUUCAAUAUUUUUUGUGUGUUUUCAAAUGUUUUUUUUAUUUGAUGUAUUCAUACAACACGGUACCCAAAACUUAUUUUUUUUUUAAUUAAAAUAAACCCAA